AUGAUGAAUGGAACUGAUUUAACUGAAGAAGGGUCUUUAAUUGACCGUAGACCCCAUAUAACAUGUGCUGGAGAAAUCGAAGUUUUCUCCACAAUUGAGGACAAUCUCACUGAGGCCCUUCCUCAAGACACUUAUGAGUGGAGAAGAACAUUCGGCAGGCCCAUACGGUCUGUUCAUAUUGGAGCAGUUUUCGUACCAUAUAGCCCUGCUGCACUACCAAAGCCCAACAGCUGGGACCUGAUUAGGCAGCCACUUUUUCAUAUUUAUUGGACAGAUUGUUCUGACUUAGAAGUGUACAAAACUACAGUGAAAGAAGACAUUGAAAGUUGGCAGAGAGACCUAGCCGCUAAAGAAAUUGUCGAUUGGUUAAUAGUAGUCGUCGAAAACUUUGAUGGAAAACGUACAAACAAAUUAUUGCCUAGAACAACAGUUUUGGACAAGAUUCGGGCUGACUUCGCACCUAAACAAGGUGACCGAUGUAUAUCUGUGAUAAAUCCCGGAAAAAUCGAAUCUCGCUCCGCCGAUUCGUGGAGAGGUUUGGUUAACCGCAUUCGACAUCUCCUGCUAACAUCUUAUGCGAAAGCAGUCUACAGACUAGAAGAAUACGUUCGGCAACAAAGAGAAAAAAGAAACGAACAGGGAUGGAAUUUUAUGCAAUAUUUCUCACUUCAAGAGGAACUGGCCCAAGUUUUAGAAAUGCUCGGUUUGUACGACGAAGCUCUAGUUCAGUACGACGAAUUGGAUGCUCUCUUCUCUCAAUUCGUAGUCAACGGGAUCACGAGCGAUAGCGUCAGUUGGCUGGGGAGUUUCCAGAAACCUUUAGAGAGGUGGCACGGCUUGAAGCUCGGUUGCUCCAAGUUACCAAAAGACCCCUCCAUUUUAGAGUUAAGAGCUUAUCUUUUUGCCAAACAGGCUCAUAUGUUACUGCUCACAAAUAAAGUUUGGGAGAUGGCAUCCCGGUGCUUGCCUUUUCUUCAUACGUGUUCUCGAGAGCUGCUAGUUUUAGAAAUAACCGCUCCGCCUGGUGCUAUAGCUUGCUGGUUGUUCUUAGCAGCAAUGGAAGUGCUAAAUACGUGCGAUAAGUUUAACCACGCCGACGAAGUUCAAGAAUAUUCCCUACAUACAGCUGGUGUCUGGGAGUACGCCAGCCAAAAGAUUCGGAGCUUAGGUGACCUCUGCGGUUUGAUGCCUGGCGGUUCGCCUAGUUCAGAACAACUCCACGUUGUCGUCGGGCUCUCUGCUGGAAUGGGAGACAAUCCCGGCACUCCAGACUAUCCCUCACCAACAGAUAAACUAAAAAUAUCAUUGUGUUCACAAGAAGCAUUCAAUAAGACUUAUUUAGAACUAGCAGAACUGGCCAUGGGCACCUACAAACACAUCGGCCGAUUACGUUCGGCCCGAUUGGUCGGUCGCGAGCUGUCUUCCUUCUACAUGUUACUCGGUGAAACCCAAAAGGCCGCAGCAUUUCUCUCCGAUCUCCUCAGGACGUUUGAGCAGGACGGUUGGCACGAAUUGGCCGCUCAGACUCAAGUAGAACUGGCCGAGUGUCACCUUAAAGCCGACGAUACAAAAAAAUACGUUUGCUCCAGUGCCGCCGUCAGUGCUGCUUUGGAAAUCGAUACUUUGAUUCGGUGGACGUACUUCGACGAUAUGUGCAAGUGUAUUAAUCUGUUGAAGGAACCUUUAAUUGUGCCUUUUAGUGAUAUUUUUAAGGUUAUGAGCGUCUGCAUAAAAAACGAAGACGACAUAAUGCAAGAUAGUGAUAUUAAAGUUGAAUUACUCAUAGAGUCAAAUUUUCCGAAAGAAUUCCUCUGUACAAAGUUAGCAAUCUCUCUAGAAGCCGUAGUAGAACCGUCGAAAGACAAGAAAACUAGCGAAAAGAUAUGUUCAAGUAGAUUAUUAACUAAUAAAGAUAUGCGAACGCCCGACACGAUGCUGCAACGACUUAAGAUGAAGAGGAAUUUGGAGUAUAAACAGGACAAACAGCUAGCAGCUGCCGGGGUGGCUUCUAAGUUUACGGAACUGCAUAGGAAAAACAGCACGCCGCAACAGCUGAAAGAAGAGAUUGACGAUUGUAUAGAAGUUACUAAUUUGGUUCGAAGUCAAGACGAGCUGCGAACUUUAAAGUUUUCUAUAACACAAACGCCUUUGGUGAUAACUCCAGGACUAAACUUGAUAAGACUGAAAAAACAAGCGACUCAAAUCGGGAAGUUCUACUUCGGGCAAAUAGCUAUUCAUAUAAAAAACUUACACAUUCUGUCACCUACGUUAUCGCCCAGACUGGUGUUCGACGUGAAGCAGGAACAUCCUACACUCAAAUUAUACAAAAAGGCAGCACCUUUACUUACCGGCAUAGAACAAAGUAUGAAUUUGAUUACGACUAUAGGAAGUUAUUCUAUUGAUCCUAGCUCAAAGAUAAAACUGAUUGCAUCACCAGGAUUAUCACUGCAGACUGAACCUGAGGAGCCUUUGCAAAGUACGUUAGAAAUCGAAGUUGGUCAAAAUGUUCCAUUUAGUAGUAAUAGACGUUCAUUAAGGGUGCUAGCAGAUCCAUUAUUAAAAGAUAAUCAGGUUACCAUCCACGUGCCAUGGACGACGAAGCCCAUAGUAGUAGGGCUCAGUUUUACUCCUCCACUAACGUCCUCUUGGAAGUUGUUCACCGUUCUAACCAAAAAAUUCGUCCAGGUAACGGUGACAGGCCAGUGCGAUAAUCUAGUAGCUCGAGGGGUCAACUUGAACGUCGGGGGAGUUUGCGAAUUGGUCGAAAGAAACUGUCUAUCUAGUCAAAUCAUCUCAAACGGGUCAAAUAAUUCUUAUAUAUGGGAAUUACUUUUAACGUCAGAGAUGGAUGCUCUGAUCAAAGCCGAAUUUUCUCUUAUCUACAAUUUUGACAAGCAAACGGGGAGCAACAAGUUGUUUCAAUAUUUUUUUGAAAUCGCCGACUAUCAGACGUUAUACAUUCUGGACACUUCAGUGGAGCCUGCCAAGGGAAGCGAGUUUUGCAAAGUGGGGAUCGUAUGCCACCUUCAUCUCACCAUCGAGAACACUUUAUGUCCGACACAAGCAGAGUCGGUCAAGUCCAUAAUGUACGAAGUUUUGGCCGAGCAGAGCGUGUGGGCGGUUUGUGGCCGAACUGCCGGGGUAGUGUCGUUUGAAUUGCAAGAGAAAUCUCAAACAGUCGUCUUGGAAGUUAUGCCGUUGACGAGUGGGCAUCUGCCGCUUCCGUUGGUGAGGAUUUCGAAGUAUAUUCCGGCUGAGAUUGGAUCUACAGAUAAAUCUAAAAAAGGUGACACCCAUCCACGGCUAGAGCCCUUCAGUCCCGGCCAGGUUUACAACAAGAGCAAAGGAACCCAAGUGCACGUUAUAGCCAACACGAACGAAUCUGCACAGUGA